UAAUUAAAAUAGUAAGCGCCUAUCAAUUCAGAUGAUGACCUUGGCCGGCAAAAUGAAAAUAAAUUAAGUUUUCUCCAAGUUGCAAAAAUCACCGAUAUGUUACGAGUUACUUUUGCUAGAGCGUUUCCAUUAGCGAAAAAUAUUAUCCAGCUGAAUCUGUCUACAACUCACCCAUUAACAAGAUCUCUAUUCAGAGUUCAAGGAUCAUGUUCUGUCCACACUAGUGCUGUGAGAUGUGGUUUGAAUGAGUUCUUUGAUGAUGAUAAUUUUGAUAACGAGGAAAUAAAAGUAGGUCGACCAUGGAGAAAAGAAGAAUUGAGAAUAAAAAGCAACCAAGAUCUUCACAAGUUAUGGUAUGUCCUGCUGAAGGAAAGGAAUGUGUUAUUGACAAUGGAGCACAUGUAUAAUGAAGCAUUGGAACCCUUACCAAAUCCUGAACGUAUAGAUAAGGUUGAGGAGAGCAUGGAAAACUUGCUAGAUGUUGUGAAAGAAAGGAAUGUUGCUUAUCAUUUAUUAGAAGAAGGAAAGGUAGAUGAGCCUAAGAAGUAUGUUACACGCAAUGCAGUGGGACUUCCAUACGAACGAACACCAAAGGAACAUUAUAUUCCAAAACAUUUAAAUGAACGUUUCAAUUUAAUGCAUUUAGAACAUCGGGUUUGGAUGAGAAAAUAUCUAGCUUUAUAUGAAGAAAAAUAUCGUCGACAGAGAAACUAUAAAAACAGAAAGCAUCAGAAGAAGAGGAAAGAACUUAUUGAUGAGUUUGAAAUGGAGGAGGAAGAAAUACCUGAAUUUCCUGACCAUUCUGGAGAUAAAUUAGAAGAAUAUCUCAAACAAACUACAGAACUUAAAGAUGUUAGUCGAGAUGGAAGAUAGUCUAAACAGGAACAUCAGUUCUUCGUCCAUAGAACACCAGUGUUUAUCCAUGUUUAUGAACACCAGUGUUUAUCCAGGUUACGUUUUCAUCGAUUUUUAUGAAUAUAAGUGUUCAUCUAUGUUUUAUAAUGUAUAAGGAGAUACCAGUAUUCAACCAUGUUUUUGAACACCGGAGUUCAUACAUUUCUUAUAAUACUGUUCAUUAGUGUGAACACCAGUUGUACUUCUCUGUAGUAUACACUUAUUUAAUUACUUUAUAUUCAAUAAGUGCUUUAUUACAUGACAUUGAAAAUAAAUUUUUGUAAUAUUUC